GGAACAUUGGCCAUUUCUGUAGAAAGGACUUCACCAAAUGAAUUGCUUUCUAUGUGCAAAACCUAUACAUCGGUAACUAUAUUAUUUGUUAUAAAUUCGGUUUUUUCGGCACAUCAUUUUUUACCCAUUUGCGUACCCUAAAAGAAAAUUUAUCUGAAUGCACGACUAUCGAUCUGUGUGCACCGAAUCAAUAGUCAAUCCGGUUUAACGAGCUGAUAGCGCCACCGAGACUACACUGCGUCAGCUAUUAGGGUCAGCAUGCCAAAAAGUGGUUCUCCUGCAAGGUCACCCAAAAAGUCGCCAGGAAAAUCACCCGCUAGUAAAAAAUCACCGAAUAAGAAAACUUCUCCUGGUAGAAAUAAGCAAGAUGUGGGGCCUCCUGUAGAUGCCCAGAUACAGACAGAGGAACAUCCGAUUUGUUUUCUGUGCUUGCGUUCGUUCAAGGAUUCCGCGGCAAUUCAAUCCCAUUUAGUUCUGAUGAACCAUAUGGCCCCAUUCGAUGUGAGACAGCAACAGUGCCGGGCUUGUCAAACGGUGGUUAACGUCAAGGAUGUUGAACAACACAAGUGUCCGGUGUUGAAGGCGAAUUACCUCCGGCUAAUGUCGUGCUCCGUUACCCUGGACUAUGGACCACCAUAUCGGUGCCUGUACUGUCGAAGCACACCGAUGGGUUCCAGGGUGGAGUUAGUGAUGCAUUUACUUUGCUAUCAUCGACCCAACAAGCCGGCAGGCCGAUGUGGCAUGUGUGCGUUCACUUAUGAUGAACCUGCAGUCCCCCCACCUCCAAGUAUUCCACCGUUACCAUCGAACGCAGAUGAAGAAAAGCGUUUGGCGUAUGCUCAUGAACUGAAAUUGGCCAAAGAGAAGCAACUGUGCGAAAUCUCCGAUAUCCCCACUCCGGGAUUGGACAGACUGCGUAUCCAUAUCAAAAACGACCACGUCCCCGGAUACACAUUGUGGAGUCGACGCAACACGCUAGCCGACAGUUGUCUAAGAUUUCCUUAUGCAUGUUCACUGUGUGGCUGGGCUCUCAAAUCAAAUUACGAGCUACACGCACAUGUGCUCUGUUGUCAUGGCAAUGCGUCCCAAAUACAAAAUGACCUGAGAGUAUGUGCCAUGUGUGGUUUUACUGCAGCAAACGACUCCGGCUUAAAUCAGCAUAUACUAGCAAAUCAUACCACUGCAAUCAGGCGAUUGGGUAGUCUUUGGAUUAGACGGGAGUUACUGAUGAAUGUGACCGAUCUGGCCACAACUUGUAUCUAUUGUUGGGAGGUCUUCGAGCAUUCUUUUCAACUACAAGCCCAUCUACUAGUAGCUCACGUGACCAACAACGAACUACGGUGUGGCUGGUGCAAGGUAGAAUUCACUUCGUGUGCAGACCCGAUUUUGGGUUUUAUGAUUAUGCAACAUCAUGAGUACAAUCACGGCCGCACACUGCAUGAAAUCGCCUUGAAAAACAACUAUACCGUUGUACCACUGGGAGAUCCGCUGCCCGAAGUGCCCGACAAAGAAGUUUUGCUUGCUGCUCGCCUCGGACAACAUGGAGAUCGUGCCGAAUCCCCCAAAGGCAAAAAGACCUCGCCGAAAAAGUCCCCCAAAUCGCCGAAAUCAAAAUCCCCCAACUCAAAAUCACCAAAAGGCGGCUCCAAAGGGAAAAAAUAAAAAGCUUCUGCCAUGACUAUCGGAUUUGGAGAAAACGCUUUUCACCUUUCAAUGACACUUGCCUUGGGAAUAUCAAGUGUCUUGUGUUCCCAUUAUUUUUAUUUGGGUUUCUUCUGCCCAAUUUAACUUCUCCGUUGUGCUGAGUUAACUUGCAGCCUUGGUUCAUCAAAACAAGUGACUUUUUCAUCUGAAAGUGGACAAAUUAUUUCCUUUAUCACCGACUUAUUAUACCAGUGACUGUCAGGGCAUUCUUAUGCUAGGAGAUUUCCAAUCAUGCAUCCGCUAGUUUUCGUAUGCAAC